AUGGACACCUCGAGGUAUAUUCAGUCGUGUAAUCCUGCACGUUUUGUUGUGACUUUUUCACUUCUGAUCUUUUCCAUCUUAUUCGCAUUACAACUUGAUGGAUACAUUCAAAUCAGCUACUGGCUGGUGUUCCUACCACUAUUUAUCUGGAAAAUGCUGGUGGUUUUCGGUGCCUGCACAGGCAUCUUCUUCUGGUGUAAACAUGGCGAACGACAUAGAAUCAUUCGCUCACCAGACAAUGAUUGUCGAGCAUUAAUCAUUUACUUUUUUCUUCAUUUGCUUAUCUUUAUAUUCGAAAUUCUUAUAUGUGACAAAUUAGAAAAUCGCCCAGAAAUUCCCUGGACUGUAUGCUUUGUUCCAUUAUUUCUCUGUACAUUUCUUGCCUUUAUAUCAUGCCUAUGGUCACUGAAAGUGCAAAGAAACUUUCUCAUACAAGCAUUUAUCUCAGCGAAUGGGCUUUUCUUUCUAUUUCUGCCUCUUCGUUUGGACUCUUCAAUUACAUGGCGAUAUGUCGUCGUCUUUAUUCCAGUCUGGAUAUCUUUAUGUAUUGCUUUAUUAUUUGUCAUAUCAAAAUUGAUUCUCGCAAUCAUACACCGAUGUUCUCGUCGCUUAGUGCCUAAUCAACGUGAAUCAAGUACCAUUACGGAAGCAAUUGUUUAUGCAGUUAUGUUCAUUCCAAUUAGCAUUUUUGCGAUUUUACUUGUCGAUCGUCUAGACCUUGGAGACAGUGAACAAAUAGGAAAAACAUCUUACACGGUCGUGGCCAUACCAUUGUGGAUUGCUCUAAUAGCAUGGUCGACGUUUUCCUUCGGCGCAACGGAUAGCAAUCCGUGGUGGUUUGGUUUACGACGUGAUUUGUUUGAGAUUAUUCUUGGUAAAUGUCCAUUUAUCACACUCUAUUUCAAUAAUCAAUUCAAAUUCGGACCACGCCCAUCAACGACAACGCCAAUGAAUGAUAUUGUCAUCGAUGUUACAACAUCAAGUGUUCAGAAGAAUAUCGAAUUGGUCAAUAUGAACAAAUUAUUUGCAACGAAUAAUGAGAAAACCCUUAAUAAUCAGCAUCAUCUAAUGUCACUACUCGAGCCUGACUGA